AUGAGGGACGAAUCGACCGACUUUCGUCGAAACCCGCUGCCGUUCCACACGACCGCCAACGACGCACCCACAGGCGGCGGCAGCAGCAGCAGCAGCAGCACCGGCUCCGGGAGCGAUUACGACCACCCUCACCACCACAGCCACCACCACGUCCGGAGGCGCCAGUCGCCCUCGUCGGCUGCGAGCCCCGCCCUCACCUACACCUCGUCGUCGGGCGUCAGCACGCCGGCUGUGAUGAGUCCUGGGAGCACCGACGGCCAGCCGAUCAGCUCGAGCUACGCGCGCCCGUACGCAUCGCUUUCGACCCAUCACCACCACCACCACCACCAUCAGCAGCAGCAGCAGCAUCACGACGACAUGUCGCGGACGCAGGACCACACCGCCUCGAGCCCCUGGGGCGAAGGGAUGCGCAGCCUGAUGUCGAGCAUCAUCGGCGCUCCUCACCCGUCCGGCAGUGGCAAGGGCAAGUCGGCUUCGGCUGCCUCUUCAUCCGGCAGCAAGGGCGAGCGCACCGCUUCGGACCCCUACGCGCCGAUGCCGCUCCAGUCGCACGAGGUCGAGGCGGCCACCUCGAACUGGGAGGUGCCGCGCGAGACGGUGGCCAUGACGAUGGGUUUCCAGGGCAAUUACGACGACCCUUCGUUCGUGCAGCCCAUGUGGCAGUCAUCGCAGGUGGCAUCGGGCUACUCCAACGACCACGGCAACAGCAGCAACGGGGCCGCCUCGGGCUUUGCAGCCCCCUAUGCGCAGCAACCCGCCCCGUCCGGCCUGCCCGGCGCCGACGCGCCCAGGACCAGGCCGAGCACUGACUUUCCGUCGCUCUCCGAUUCUCGAGAUUACUCCCGCAGGCCGCUGGUGCCACCGCAUUCGAGGGCCAUCAAUGGCGGCGACUACCCGCCAAUGACCCACGGCCGAGUCGCAGGCGGGCCUGACGCAUCCGCCAACACCUGGUGGCAAGACCAUGGCGGACAGAUGGCUGACCCGGCGGCCCACAUGGCGUCGCAGGAUGCGCGCGGCCAACACUGGUCGGCGACGGGCCUCCAGUCGAACCGCCGCGUCAAUCCGCCCCCGCUGCCAGAGACGCGCAGCAUGGGCCGGCUAGGCUGGUCCGGCAUGUCGGCGUCUUCGUCUUCGUCGUCGUCGAUGGGCAUCGACCAGGUCGGUGGCGGAUACGAAUUCCCCCAGAGCUCGUUGGGCAAGCGGCCGCACGACGACGAUGUGGUCACAAACGGUCCCUCUGGGGCCGCCGCUACGACAAAUGGAGGUCCGAUCGACUAUUCGGCCGACUCCGCCUACCGCCGCUACUCGCUGGCCCCCAACAUGGUCUUUUCGAGGAGCCCGAGCAACGGACAGCAGCCGCAGCAGGCGCAACAGCAGCAGCAGCAGCCCACGCCAGCACAGCAGCAGCAGCAACAGCAGCAGCAGCAGCUCAACGGCGGUAUGACGACCUAUCGCCCGCCCAUGGCCGGGCCCGACCCGCGCAGGCCCUCAUUCGGCGGCGAGCACGCUUACGCGUCCGGCAUGCUGCCGCCGCAGUCGUCGCGCCCCUAUCCGGGCGCCCUUGGCGGCCCUGGCGGCAGCACUUCGUGGUCUGGCUGGUCGUCGUCAGCCUCGCACCCGAGCGGACUCAGCGCCAACCUUCCCACCAGCCCUUCGCCGCAAUCGAGCCCCGCCGCCAAUGGAUGGAAGGACGGCAUGAGCUCGGCCUCGGGCGGUGCCGGUGCGGGAGGCAGCAACGCGCUGCAGGCCAACCUGCUGGCCACGACGCCGUUCCACAUCACUAGCGACAUCGUCCUGCGCGCGCCGCCCGGCAGCAAGCUCGACGACGUCUACUACGACCAGCACUGCGAGAUCCGCACCGGCAUGCCCGACCCGCCCGCCGCCGACUUUGAGGUCGACAACGACGAGGACCGGCCGCGGCUGCAGACCGACAAGCUCCGCUUCCCCGGCGACCUCUAUACGCCGAGGUGGGUGCGAGGGAGCGGCAACGCGCGCGAGGCGUGGUGCGAUCGCUGCGAGCACGGCAAUUGGCUGCAGCUCAAGAAUUCGCAGUACUGGUACGACCAGGUGCACAAGCACGGCAUCUCGUCGGUCUCGGGCCUCCGAUUCACGGCGCCCACCCAUCUGCGUGUUUAUGCUGAUGCGGCCGGCACCGUCGAGGGAAAGUGCCACCAGUGCAAGGACUGGGUGCUGAUCUGUACCGCCAAGCGGAGGCGCAACUUUGCCGCCUUUUUCAAGCACGCCCACGCCUGCCACUCGUACCGCAAGGCGAGCGCCGUCGGCAACGGUCCCAUCGUCGAGCACAACCCCGUACUGCAGCAGCAGCAGCAGCAGCAGCAGCAGCAGCAGCAGCAGCAGCAGCAGCAGCAGCAGCAGCAGCAGCAGCAGCAACAUCAACACCAGCAGCAUCACCAGCAGCAGCAGCCGCAGUCGCAGUCGCAGCCGCAGUCGGCACAGCAACAGCAGGGCAGCAGCCAUUCCCAGCAGUCGCAGCAGCACAUGCUGGCCUAG